UAAAAGGCAGCACACCAGGCGGGGAAAUGUUAGACUGCCUUGCAAGAUGGCAACUGGGAAGGGCUUGGCACUGCUCACCUUGAUUCUCACCAUCGCGGGCACAGCGCUGCUAGCUACUGGGCAAAAAGCAGAGCAACCAGAAGUGGAGACCAAACACGGGAGAGUCCGAGGGUACCAGUUCCACGUAGAUGCAGCUGAGAAGAGUGUCAAUGUCUUUCUGGGACUUCCUUUUGCUAAGCCUCCAGUUGGACCACUGAGGUUUUCUGAACCCCAGCCACCUGAGCCGUGGAAAGGUGUCAGAGAUGCCACUUCCUACCCACCAAUGUGUCUACAGGAUAAAGUCAAAGGACAAUAUUUGUCCAAUGCUGUUACUAACAGGAAAGAAAAAGUUGCUCUCCAAGUGUCUGAGGACUGCUUAUACCUCAAUGUGUACACCCCUGUUUCUACAGAGGCACCAGAGAAGCUGCCUGUCCUGGUAUGGAUCCAUGGAGGUGCAUUAGCUGUAGGAGCAGCUUCAUCAUAUGAUGGUUCAGCACUAGCAGCCUUUGACAGCGUGGUGGUUGUAACCAUUCAGUACAGACUGGGUAUUGCUGGCUAUUUUAGCACUGGUGAUCAACAUGCCCGGGGCAACUGGGGCUAUUUAGAUCAAGUAGCAGCUCUACAGUGGAUUCAGGAGAACAUCAACCAGUUUGGAGGAGAUCCAGGAGCUGUCACUAUUUUUGGAGAAUCUGCAGGAGGAAUCAGUGUUUCUGCUCUUGUCUUAUCUCCCUUGGCAAAGGGCUUGUUCCACAAGGCCAUUUCAGAGAGUGGCACUGCAGUCAAGCUUCUGUUCACUGAAAAGCCCCAGGAGACAGCACAAAGAGUUGCUGCUGCUGCUGGCUGUGACCAAUCCAGUUCAGCUGCAAUGGUGGAAUGCUUAAGAGGAAAAACAGAAGAAGAGAUACUUGAGAUAACACUAAAAAUGCCUACUGGGUUCAUUGGGGGCUGUCCAGAUGGUGUAUUUUUCCCAAAGACCCCCAGGAAAUUACUAUCUGAAAAAAUGAUCAAUCCAGUGCCAUAUAUGAUAGGAAUGAACAACUGGGAGUUUGGAUGGGUACUUCCCAUGGCGAUGAAAUUCCCUGAUUUCAGAGAUGGUCUGGAUAAGGAUGUUGCACGUCAGCUUUUGCAGAACAUCUUGGCAUUAGACCCUAAGGCUGCCAGCUCUGAAGUUGUUGACCAAGUAUACAAGGAGUACAUUGGGAAGGCAGAAAACCGUGCUCAGGUGCGAGAUGGCCUUCUUGGUGCAAUAGGAGACUUCAUGUUUGUUUCCUCAGCCGUUGAAGUGGCCAGAUACCAUAGAGAUGCUGGCAACCAGGUCUACUUCUAUGAAUUUCAGCAUCGCCCAAGCUCAGCGGCAGGAGUGGUGCCAGAGUUUGUGAAAGCAGAUCAUGGAGAUGAGAUUGCCUUUGUCUUUGGAAAGCCUUUCUUAGCUGGCCAAGGUACAGAAGAAGAAAGCAAACUUAGCAGAACUGUGAUGAGAUACUGGACUAACUUUGCUAAAAAUGGACAUCCCAAUGGAGGAGACCUGGUCCAUUGGCCUCAGUAUGGUCUGGAUGAAAACUACCUGGAAAUAGACCUCGUGCAAAAAGCGUCCAAGAAAUUGAAAGAAGGCAAAAUGAAGUUCUGGAUGCAGCUCACUGAACAAAUGAUGAAUGAAAAGAGACAACACACAGACUUAUGAGAGUGGUGAGGGCACAGUUUGCUUUUAAAAGCUGAAGUAAAGCAGAGAGAGUUUGUCAGUGUGCAGAGCUUACCAAUCACCUAA